CUGUAUACUUUAUUAUAAAUUAAGUAUUGCUAAUCUUAACCGUGCAAACCACGCUACAGCAGUUUAUCACUGUGCUGCCAGCUAUGCACAGUGCUCCAGAUCACCUCUGUUCUCUACAAAAACCCUCCUCUCUCAUCCAGGAGUGGUUUGUAUGUCAGAGUGAAACACCUGCAUCUUAGGUAUGAAUUAAAUCCAGCAACAUCAUGUCAGCAGCGCUGGAUUACAUCACUUCCUGUUCAUGCUCAAACUCCAGGAAGUGAUGCUGAGUCCUCAGUUGGUCCCCCAGGCUCAGCACUGAUAGUCACCAUGAUCAGACUUCUCACUAUCUUCUCUGGUCUUUUGUUCUGGAUCACAGUAGAGUCACUCAGUCAAGAGGUGAACCAGACUCCUUUUACUCUCCUGGGGAAGCCAGAAGAGAGGAUCCAACUGAACUGCAGUCAUAACAUUCCUAAUUACGACACUAUACUCUGGUACCAGCGCUCAGUGGGAGACACUGCUCUGAAACUAAUAGGAUGUUUUCUUAAAAAAUACCACUGUUGAGUCUCCAUAUCGAGGGAUCUUCAAUGCGAGUGGAGAUGGUAAGAAAGAAGCCUACCUUCAUCUCCAACUGAGGCAACCUAAAGAUGAUGGACAAUAUUUCUGUGCAGCCAGCUACACAGUGGUACAGAGCUCAGCUCCGCUCUACAAAAACCUUUCAGAGAUCAACAGGCCCCUCAGCACACCUGGAUCAAACCACAAUAACAGUAAUGUACUCAGAGGAGAUAGAUAUCGUCAUCACAACUACAGAUGUUACUUCUGUUGAGGGUUCUUACUUUGAGAGGAUGCAAUGCAUGAUGGGUACUUACAAGUAUUAGUCUAUAGGGGGUGGUAGACUGCUUUGAAUGUGAACUUUGUUUUUGAUUCCUGACUGGUAAAUGCACGGUGCUGCCGAUCCCCCUGUUCUCUACAAAACCCCUCCUCUCUUCUUCAAGAGUGGUUUGUGUGUCAGAGUGAAACACCUGCAUCUGACAUCUGAAUCACUUUAAGCAACAUCAUAUCAGCACUGUCAGAUUACAUCACUUCCUGUUCCUGCUCCAACUCCAGGAAGUGAAGCUGGGGAAGGGGUGAGGAGGAGUAUUGGGAUUCGGCCUAAGUCCUCAGUUGAUGCGACCUACAGAUUCUAACCAAUGGUGACGCAUUCUAAACUUUUUCAUUGUGAUGUAAUGAACCUCAGAAGUUUUGCAACAUUAAGUUGUGCCAGCACUGUGUUUUACUGUCAGUUCAAAGAAGAUUCAAGUGAAUGUAGUUAAUUUUUGGUUUAGCUACUAACGGUUUGUGAUCAUGAUCAGGAAGAUGGAGGUAUUGAGAGAAGAUUCAAUUUAUGUUAUGUGACUUUUGCUACUAACGGUUUGUGAUCAUGAUCAGGAAGAUGGAGGUAUUGAGAGGAGAGAAAAAAUGAAUUGAAAAAUGCCAAGGAAGAUAGAGAAAGUAGCUCUCUACUCUGGAGAGUUACCCAAAGCUCUCUUUUGGAAGAGGGGGAGUCGAAAGGAUGAUGAACCCUCCUCCUUCAGAGCACUCUCACCUGGACAGAUUCCAGACAUGAGGAUGUUGAAGAACAUACGAGGGGAGAGGUUCUAUCUUGGAACCAUCACCCUGGGGCUCAGUGACUCUGAGAGUUCCUCCGACGAGAGCUCUUCCUUCUCGUCUCACCGACUUCCCUGUCAACUUCCUGUAGCCAAAAGGGGGCAUCCUCAAAUGAACCACGGGAAGAUAAACGAGCUAGAACACCUGGUGGAGGAUUUGAGGAAGACCAUCCGGGAGCUUCAACUAAAAAAUAUUUCUCUGAGCAACUUGGUUGAGAAAUUACAGCAUGUUGAAACCAGGAAGAAGGCUGAGAUAAAGAAUCUCAAGAUGGAGGUGCAGACACUGAAAGAAGCAGCAUGCAAUGGUGCUUGCCAUAGACGUCUGGACAGGAAGAGGGUAGAGAACAGUAGAGAGAGAGUGAUCAAGAGAGGGGAAGAAAGAGAGAUGUACAGUGAUGAAAUGUACACAGAGAGAAAGGUUGAUAAGCGAACAAAGCAGAAUAUUGACAAAAGGCAGAUUGUGAUGGACAGCUUGCGAGAAAAGGAGAACGAGACACGGAGGGAAGUGGAAGAACGGGACAACAUGAAGAGGCAGAGAGACAAACUGCAGUGUGAGAUCAAGGGGCUGAAAAGUGAACUUCUAGAGAUGAAAAGGGAGAAGGUCCAAGAAAUAUAUGAGAAGGAUAGAAUAAAAGCAAGGCAAGAUGAAGUAAAAAACACAACAGAGUCACAGUGCCGGGCAGGAAAAAGCAGAGAAGUGUUGGGAAGGGGAGAAAUGGAGAGACGGAUGAAAGAGCAAUCAUUAGAAAAACAAAGAAAGGAUGAGACGCAGAGGGAGAUGGAAAGGAGAGAAGAAGAGCUGAUGCAAAGAGAGGCUAGGAGACAAAAGGAGAGACAAAAAGCUCUGGACACAGAAAGGGAAGCCCUAGAGGGAAGGGAAGAACUAGAGAGAGCGAGGGAGGAUGCAAGACAAAAACAAGAUCAUCAGAAGGAACUUGAAAGACAGAAGAAGUUAGACGGAAAGGCCAAACAGGAGAUGGAGGGUGCAAGAGAAAAAGAAGCACUGAAAAGGGAAGUUGAAGAGAUGCAGAGACAAGAGAAGGAGAGGGAGAGACAGAGAGAACUGGAAAGAGAGAGUGAGGCCGCGAGACAAAAAGAGGAUCUUCGGAGGGAAAUUGAAAGACUUGAAGAGAAGACAAGGAGAAGAAACGUGGUUUCUGGAGACAGUUCUGGCAGAAAGUAAAACCAAAAAAGAAGGCAACAAAAGAGGA